AAGUAACCACAAUAUUCAUUUUAACCAAUAAUCUUUAUACCUAGCAGGAAUGGUGUCUUUGUUGUAAACCUAAUGACUGUGUUGUAGUUAAGUCAAAUUAGCCGGCAUCACCCUUCCUAUCCCACCCACAGUGUUCUGCCCUCUGUCCACAUGUUGAAAUACUCUGUUGGGGUUUUGAAAUAUAUCGUGUCCUGCCUUGGGGUGACUUCACAACUGGGCCAGUUAUGAAACAACUCUGUAGUUCCUGUUAUUCGUGCAUUUGCCAUACCCGACAUAAGAUGCACGCCUGCAAUCUAAGAGUGUAGACUGAUCGAAAUUUUACCUCUGAAUGACCAGUGCGAUUCCUUCUCCUCGAGAAGCAGGAGAUUAACUUGCUUGGAAGAGAAACAGGUGCUGCUGGCUGUUAUCCAAGAGGAAUCUUAUAUGGGGUGUGGCAGCAAUACCUGUGCAAAGGUCACUCCACCUCAUACAACAAGCAGCACAACCACAGAGGUUCGGGGAAUAAAUGGGAGGACACCAGCAAAACGCUCCGCUGCACAUCCAAAGCCACAAGUGCCUCCAAAACCAUUACAUCUGCAGAAUUCAUCUUCAUCCUUUAGACCCCAAGUCCCCAGGCAUAAAGCUUUACCUAGCGCAAAGCCAAGGAUGGAGGAGUCUAAUCCAGCCCCUACUUCAUGUGCCUCAAAAGGGAAACAUAGUAAGGUGUCGGAUCUCAUCAGUCACUUUGAAGGAGGCAGUGUCCUGUCAAGUUACACUGAUGUGCAAAAAGAUUCUACUAUGAACCUAAAUAUUCCUCAAACUCCAAGACAGCAUGGGCUAACCUCCACAACUCCACAAAAGCUUCCAUCCCACAAGUCUCCACAGAAGCAGGAAAAGGAUUCAGAUCAGAAUCAGGGCCAACACGGUUGUUUGGCCAAUGGUGUGGCGGCUGCACAAAGCCAGAUGGAGUGUGAAACCGAGAAGGAGGCUGCCCUUAGUCCAGAGACAGACACUCAGACUGCUGCUGCCUCUCCUGAUGCACAUGUGCUGAAUGGAGUAAGAAACGAAACCACCACAGAUUCUGCAUCCUCUGUAACCAACAGCCAUGAUGAAAACGCUUGUGACAGCAGCUGCAGGACUCAAGGGACUGACUUAGGGCUUCCCUCAAAAGAAGGAGAGCCAGUGAUAGAAGCUGAACUCCAGGAGAGGGAAAAUGGACUGAGCACCGAGGGACUGAAUCCGCUGGACCAGCACCAUGAAGUGAAGGAGACUAAUGAGCAGAAACUUCACAAAAUAGCCACAGAACUUUUGCUUACAGAAAGAGCUUAUGUCAGCCGGCUCAACCUCCUAGAUCAGGUAUUUUAUUGCAAACUAUUAGAAGAAGCAAACCGAGGCUCAUUUCCUGCAGAGAUGGUGAAUAAAAUCUUUUCUAACAUUUCAUCAAUAAAUGCCUUCCAUAGUAAAUUCCUAUUACCUGAGCUGGAGAAGCGAAUGCAAGAAUGGGAAACUACACCCAGAAUUGGAGAUAUCCUGCAAAAGUUGGCACCAUUCCUUAAGAUGUAUGGAGAAUACGUAAAGGGAUUUGAUAAUGCGGUGGAACUGGUUAAAAACAUGACAGAGCGUGUUCCCCAGUUUAAAUCAGUGACUGAAGAGAUUCAGAAACAGAAGAUCUGUGGAAGCUUAACCCUACAGCAUCACAUGCUGGAGCCUAUCCAGCGGAUCCCUCGCUACGAGAUGCUCCUUAAGGACUACCUGAAGAAGCUGUCUCCUGACGCCCCAGACUGGAAUGAUGCAAAGAAGUCACUUGAAAUUAUAUCUACAGCAGCAAGCCAUUCUAAUAGUGCAAUAAGAAAAAUGGAGAACCUGAAGAAACUUUUAGAAAUUUAUGAGAUGUUGGGAGAAGAAGAGGAUAUUGUAAAUCCCUCAAAUGAACUAAUAAAAGAAGGACAAAUCCUCAAACUAGCAGCUCGGAACACAUCAGCACAAGAGCGCUACCUCUUCUUAUUCAACAACAUGUUGCUAUAUUGUGUGCCCAGAUUCAGUUUGGUGGGCUCAAAAUUCACAGUUCGAACCAGGGUUGGCAUUGAUGGAAUGAAAAUUGUGGAGACUCACAAUGAAGAGUAUCCACACACUUUCCAGGUGUCUGGGAAAGAAAGAACCCUGGAGCUGCAGGCCAGUUCUGAGCAAGACAAAGAAGAAUGGAUCAAGGCACUUCAAGAGAGUAUUGAUGCUUUUCAUCAAAGGCAUGAAACCUUCAGAAAUGCAAUUGCAAAGGAAAAUGACAUUCCCCUAGAGGUUUCUACUGCUGAACUAGGAAAACGAGCCCCAAGAUGGAUACGUGAUAACGAAGUGACCAUGUGCAUGAAGUGCAAAGAGUCUUUCAAUGCACUGACCAGGAGGCGGCAUCACUGCCGGGCGUGUGGACAUGUGGUUUGUUGGAAAUGUUCUGACUACAAAGCUCAACUUGAGUAUGACGGUGGAAGGUUGAACAAGGUCUGUAAAGACUGCUACCAGAUAAUGAGUGGAUUCGCAGAGAGUGAAGAAAAGAAAAGAAGGGGCAUUUUAGAGAUUGAAUCAGCAGAAGUAUCAGGAAAUAGUGAAGUAUGCAGUUUUCUCCAGUACAUGGAAAAGUCAAAACCCUGGCAGAAAAUAUGGUGUGUGAUCCCCAAGCAAGACCCCCUUGUGCUGUACAUGUAUGGCGCUCCUCAGGAUGUCAGAGCCCAAGCAACCAUACCCCUCCUGGGCUACAUUGUGGAUGACAUGCCUAAGAGUGCAGAUCUGCCGCACAGUUUCAAGCUGACCCAGUCCAAGUCUGUGCACAGUUUUGCUGCAGACAGUGAGGAACUGAAACAGAAGUGGCUGAAAAUUAUCCUUCUGGCUGUCACGGGUGAGACACCAGACGGCCCGAGUGAGCAUCUAGACACCUUAGACAACCUCCCUGGACCCAAGGAAAAGUCAGAAUGCUAAACUUCAGCAGCGGCCAGUGUGGGAUUUCCAGUGGUACACAUAGCUCAAGACAUUCCCAGCUCUCCCUCAUCAUCUCUUAGCACUGUGCAUUGGGAAAUAUGGUUUAAUAACAUCUUUUGGGGACUUUCUUAUGUUUCUAUGUAGAAACAUCAGGGUGCAGAGCCAUUCUUCUGUUGAAGUUCUGAAAUAAUGUGGAAAACGGAACCUUUUUGAUAAGCUAUUUCUUAACUGUGUGUUUGCCUUGAGAGGGGGGGAAAAUGUUAAUUGAUUGAAUCACUACCUGGUUAUAAUGGGUCUUUCAUUUAAGAAAUCCUUCAGUGUCUCGUUCCCAUGUAGGACUUGUAACAUUGUGAAAGAUAUACCUCUGUGUAACCAAAAUAGAUCUAUGGUAUAAAGUACAGGGACAGUGUAGAGUAUUGUAUGAACUUGUCUAGUUUUUACAAGUUGUCAUGCUACAUAAGUAGUUUCUGUUCUUAUACAACACAAAAAAAUUAUAGGGUCCUGAUGUUUAUACUUUUUGACUUAAUAUAAAAUACUUGUUUUGUAGAAUUACUCCUAAUAAUAAAAUAUAUAAAAUACAAAUCAGUUUGCCUGUAUAUAAUAUUGAAAUAAGUAUGAAUAUGUCAGCGUUCCUCUUCAGCUUUAGUUUGUUUUCACUCUGGUUAAUUUUUUAAAUAUAAGACCUAUUUUAUUUCUAAAUUUAACAGUUUUCCAAACUUAAGAAAAAUUGGUAAUUUAUGUUGAACUGAUUAGAAUCUAAGUGUAUUGAUAUUUUUAUAGUAAAAAAAAAACAGUUAUUUAUGUGGUGUAGGAUAUAGUUUGAAUUCCAACAGUAUUUUUAGGGUACUAUUUUCCUUUUGUUCUGUACCUAUUUAAAACAGUGCCUCUCUUAGAAGGUGCUAUUAAUUCUUAUUUAGAUAAAAGAUGAGAGUUUAGUAAAUAUUAACUAAACGUUAUUAUUUUUAACUACUCUGAUUAUUCUCAACUUAAGUGCACUUUGGUCACAGAGAUUAAAAAUGUGUGGAUUAUUUUACAUUUUAUAAUAACAUAAUUGUCAUAGUAAUUUAAUGUCAACAUAUACAAAAACCUCCUAAAACUUGAACUAUGUAAGACAUCUGACCAUGUAGAGACCCGGGAUAUACAGAAGACGUUGGUUUACUAUUUACUGUCCUCCUUUCCAUUGGACUGUCAUGGUCGGUAAGUGAGGACAGCAUAUAGUUAGCACAAGGUGACUGGGUGAGCUUUCUUUCUGUCAGCUACAAAGCAGAGCUCAUGCAUGUAUCAGCUUAUCUGGGAGAAGAGAGUUAUUAGUAAAGGAAAUUUAUGCUUAAUCAUUCACUAGAAAACAUAGCUGAAACCAGGAUUGCAGAAUCAAUAAUGGUAGAUUUCCAUGAGAUGGGAAGCAUUAAAGAAAGUGCAGAAUAUUCUCCCUGUUUAUCCCACGGACUCUGAGAUGAACUAUGGCUGUCUAUUAUAAAGUCUGUUAAGGAACAGACUUUAUUAAUUUACUAAGUUGUGCUGGUGACUAAAACCUUAUGUUGAGUUGACUGUUUAACGCAAUACUUUUCUCAUAUUAAAGUUUUUUUCUUUCUUUUCCAUUCUUCAAACAUUACCACUUUUACUGUACUGUUUAGUAGAAAUUCAUAAGAAUGUCUCCACUAUACACAAUCUUUAAGGGCUACAAUUGAAAUGUCAAGUACAAUCUCUCAGAAUUUGAGACCACCACUCAUUUAUACAGCUCAUGUUGCACAAAAAGUGUCUCUUGUGUUUUGUACUCUAAAGGAGCAAGGGAACCAAUUAGGUUGCUUUCCUCCAUGAAAUACCAGACAUGACCAUUAACAUCAAAUCAUCUAUUUAGAAUCACUAAUGGGUGAAACAAAAAGCUAACUUCUUAUUCCCUACUAAAUGAGGGUCACAUAGGAAGAAAUCGUACAUUGUUUCUCUUUUCUAGUUGUCAACAUUGAUACUGUAUUUGAGUGGGAGAAAAGGAGCCAGGUGUGCAGGGUACCUGUUGACAAAAUUAAACGAUAACUAUACAUCACUUAGUUUUUCAUAUUUCAAGAAAAGAGAAGCAGUAAGUAUGUCAAAUGACUAUCAGAAUAAGGAUGACUUUUGUAAAUAUGAACAGAAUAAUGAGUGGGUUAUCUCACUUAGAAGAUUUAUGUCAGGUAUAAAUAAUAUCAAAAAAUACUUGAUCAUCAAGAAGACUACUUGUCUGACUACCAGCAAAUUCUUGAACAGAAGGGAUGUGGCUAGAUAUUUCAGUAUAGUUUAACUUUGAUUAAUGAAAGGAUACUCAUAAAAAGGAUUUUAGCAUGUUCUUAGUGUUCAUUCAGUAAGGAGUGUGGGUGCCAGAAGAAAUUCUCCCGUCACCAGCUUUACUUCUCCCCACGCUGAGCCAAGCACAAACCACUUUCCCCAUCUCUCUCAAAAUAACCACAAAUACUUUUAGUAGGAGAAAAAAAAGUAAUAGAAUAAUAUUAGCUACUUAUUAAGAACUCAACUCUGGGGCCAAGGAGAAUUCUAUGCAAGGAUGAGAAACAGUUCAGGCAGAUCUCCAGAACCUAUGUAAAGGCCAGGCAAGCAAGGCCAGCACAACAGAGGUGAGGCCAGGAAGUCUUGGUGAAGGUGCCCUAGCCAGGCGAGCCUGGGCUGUACAGGAACAGGAAGUAAUCUUGCCUCGAUGCAUGAGGUAAAUAGGCACCAAAGAAGUCACCUGACAUCAACCUCAGAUCUCUACACGUAGCACAAUUCCCUUAAAUAUAUGUGAACACACAUGCAUGGACAAUGUACAUGCACAUACAUAUUCAAAAAAUUAAUUCAAAUAAACUCUAACCCAAGAGGUUGUUAGAAUAACUAACCUCUUUUUGAGAUAGUUUCAUGAUAAACUGAGCCUGAACAGUUCUUUUCUGAUCAAAUAAAUGUCCCGUAUGGUUCAUAAUUUGUUAUAUCCUCUAAUUUAGUGCUGUCAAAAGUCAUCUUUAAGAAAAGUGUCCUUCCUUCAAACUUAAGAAAAUAUUGCUUUGGUAAAAUUGUUACUCAUUCAAAGCAUUCCAACUUUCAACUUUAUUGUUGCUCUUGUUGAAAGUCUACUCUUGGGUAAAGGUGAGAUGUGGUGCAUGCUUUCGUCUAGCGUUUUAUGUGGAGUUCAAUAAUGAGAAAUGCCACUAGCCACUUGUGUCAUAGUACCAAGCAAUAAAAUUCUCCAGCUAUGAAUUUAUGCCAAAAGUUUAACAUGAAAGCCCGAAGCUACAGCAUAUAGAGAGACUCAACUUCCUAGAAGUGAUUCGAUAAUCCAAAUUGCUGAGCACAGGCGAAAGAAGGGAGGCAUCGUCCCAUGGCUUCAGACGUAUCAACUGUGUUUAAUUUCUACAAAGGCUGUGUAGAGUGAAGCAGUUCGCUUUCUCUGCUCUGUUGUAUCAGCUGUUGUACAUUUCUGUGAAUUGAAUUCAGCAUGAAGGCUGCCAUGCUGUCUUCAUUGGAUUACCUACACCAUUGUUUUAAAUGUAGGAAUUGACCUGUAAAUGUUCCCUGUGGAAUUUUCUAUAAGGAAACUAUAAUUCCAUGGUACUUCAGGGUUAUUGAAGAAGCCACUGAUGCCUUCUAAACACCUCUACUCAAAAGUACUUCUGGAGUUCAUGAUUCUGUUUUUUUUUUGGGGGGGGGGUGUUUGAGGUUUUUUGUUUGUUUUCUCCUCUUUGUUGACAUGGAAGGGUUUUCCCUCCUUCAAUUAUUUUCAGAUAUCAUUUGUUUAUUUAUAAAGCUUUAAGUUAUUCAGAGUGUAUUGUCUGCAAUGCAUUCUUAAUCAUGAUCCCUGUCAGUGCGUUGUCACGGCAAAUGAGCGUGUAUAAAAGGAAAUCAAUUCUCAGAAAGCACGGGUCUUCUUUAUCUCUGUUGUUGUAAGAGUAAAAGGUAACUUAGUUUUCCUAUAUCACAUGAUGUUCAUGUUAAUAGAUCUAAGAUAAGCACAUGGUAUGUAUAAUCUAAAAUUUGAAAGACAGAACUAUCUCAGUGUUUUCAUUCUUUAAUGUUGUGAUCUUCAAGAAUGUAUGAAUGUAAGAACUGAGGCCUAAGGGUUCCUCUUGUUAGAGUUAUGUUCACAUCCGUAGCGGACCCUGUCACUUCUUCAUUCUAAGUUUCAUUAGAAUCAAGUUUUAUUAUUUUCAUAUAACUAUCAAACUAUAGGUUCCCUAGAUUUAAAAAAAAAGUAUUAGACAACUAGGUCUAAAAUCCCUCUCUGUGACUUUAUAUGUAUAAAUGUAAAAAUUAUUAAUCUUCAAUUCUCACCAAAGAACAAAAUGUUAUGUAAAUUUUAAGUAUUUUAACAAAGUUAUUCACAUGUAUUUUUAAUGUUAUAAUUCAUCUUUACCCAAGCCCCUCAGUCUUACUAGGUUACAGGAAGAGACAGUGUUGUUCUUGUUACAGGUAUAGAGAGCACUGAGUUUAGCAACUGAAAGGAAGGAAAGGAGUUGGAUAAGUGGGCUAGCUCCUGGUAUCCAUGUGAACUACACGAGGGAAGUAAGGUAGAAGACAUCGAUGUUCUUGUUUCAGCAUUGUAUUCAGGCCUUGAGCUUGGCCUCUAAAUUACAGAUAAUAUUAGCUUAUCAUCAUUUUAUUUCUCCUUUAGACUUUUAUAAAGUAAUUUUAUUCUGUAAACCAUUUUUCUGCUAUUUUUUUUAUUCUAAAGUCAACUUUCUAAGCCAAGGGAAUGGCAAAUGCUGUGUCUUUUCUGUAUUUCAAGAUAAAAUAACACAUGGCUUCUAUAAGAUAGUUAUUUGUUGGAGGUGGGGGGAGUCACUGAAAGUUACAUGAGGUUCAUACUUUGCCAUAAAAAUAAAAUUAAAUCAAAUUUUAGUAUAUUUUAAUAAGUGAAUACUAAAUACAUCAAGUAAAGACAGAUCAUGGAGCCCGUUAUGAUGAUUGCAUUGUGUAUUUUGAAAUAUGAAGACUCAAAUACAUAGUAAGUGUCUUUGUCAUAUAAUCAUUCAUGUAUAAAACCAAACUGGUAUUUCAUACUUUAAGAGACAAUUAACUGUUAUUUUAAAAAAUAAGCAUUGUUUUGAUUUUUUUCUUUUGACUUGUUGACUGAGUUUCAAAGGGCACAUCAGAAUUUUAUAGUUGACGCUAAUGUGAAAAUAUAAACGUCCCUAUUUUGCAGUGGUGUGAAUAUUUGGACAUGCUGUAUAUAUAGUGUAACAUCUGUAUAUUUGAUCAUAAAGGCAGAUAAUUGAAAACAUUGUAAACUUAAGCCCUUCAAUUCUUGUUAAAUAUGAAAUAUUUGUAUCUUGUAAAUAAAGACAUCCUUAAAUUGG